AUGCCGGUGAUGCUUUUGAUCUUAACAGGCCCGUUCUUCACUUUGAAGUUUUUUUUCUCACAUCCAAUUUCAAAAGAGAUCAAUGGAUUUGAAUAUCUUUGCCAACUUUGCUUAACUUUUGCAAAUAAAACAUGUAAAAUCUUUCAUUUUGUUUUCACUCUGAGAAAAGAUACUUCACGGUCGAACAGGCAUAAAGGAAGAAAUACUGAAAAGGCCAAUAAUAAGAGAAUAUCAUCGUCACACAGACCUCAAAGACUACGAAAAAAUGUAAAAACACCAUGGAAAGCAAUACCAAGCACAAACAACAAACAUCGGCAAAAAAAUUUUCAAGAAAUGAGAAUUUCUAAGAAAAAAAAUAUUGAGUUGAGCUUGAGAUUGUUUAGAAAAAAAUUUUAUUCUCAUGGACCCCCAGGAUAUUCAAACAAAAUUAAUACAAAAGCAACCAUGAAAGAAUUACCAAAAUAUUCAUUGACAGGACAGGUUGCGAGUGAUCAGAAAAAAACUGAAUUUAUAAAUUAUGCCUUCAUUGUCUUACAAAGUAGUAGCGAAAACACAUUCCAAUCAGAUGACGUGAUUGCUGUUUCAUACAUCAAGAACUCUCAGCAAAUGUCUUGCUACUGUUCAUUUUUACAAUUGAAUUCAAUUCAAAGGCUUUGUAAUCAGAGAUUUAAUGUUAGACACGUUGUAAAAAAAGUUAUUCGACAAUACAAUGAGACAUCGAUACGGCCCACUCAAGUCAUGGAAGAUUCUUUAUUUUUCGGUGCUUUGCAAAGAAGUUAUUCGGCAAAACAUAAUUGGAGAAGAUUAUUGACCUAUCUUGUCUCUGAACAAGAAGGAAAAGAAAACACAAAUUGUAGUAAAUCUAAUUAA